UUAACUUAAAUAAACUUGAAUCUUUAAAGAAUCCUGUUGUCAAAGUUCUUGCUAAACAUACUAGUGAUCAAGAAGCUAAAAAAGCUGAUUCUGAUAUUGCUAAAGGUCUUGAAGCACAACUUUUAUUAGCUAAAGAUGCUCGA